AUGCUAAAAUCUCGAAACCCUAAUUAUUCUAAGAUUCUAAUUUGUGAAGUUUGUGAGGUUUUAGGGAUGGGUUACAAUUUCUACAUGAGAGUGUAUGAGGUUGUUGAUGAUGCUUCAACGGAUGCAAUCAUAUCGUGGAGCGAAAGCAACAACAGUUUCAUUAUCUGGAAUGUUGGAGAGUUUUACAGAAGGAUUCUGCCUAAAUAUGUAGACUUGGGCACAAACCUCUCACGGUUUUUCUCCAACCUUCGUUCUCAUGGGUUCAAAAUAGUUAAAGGAAGAACUGGAGUAUUGGAAUUUGGACAUGAAGAUUUUAUCAGAGAUAAACUGGAGCUUAUGAAGAAGAUGGUUAGCGAUAAACGUAAAGCAAGGAAAGCUGCUAAAUCCAAAGCAAGGAAAGCUAGAGUUCAAGUCGAGUUUCUCUUCCAACACUUGCAAAUUUGAUCGUCCAUUAAAUCAGUCUUCUUUAUUAUGUAUAUUCGUCUCCAAGUAGAUUCAAGUCUAAGAACUUUUCAAUAGUAUGUUUCUCUCUUUAUAGGAACCCUCUUUAUAUGCCUAGUCUUUGAUUCUUCUCUUAUGAUGGUGGCUUCUCUUCUUUAUUGUCUUAUAUUAUGAUUCAUAACAACAUCACAUAGAAACUUCCUAAAACCUCUUAACAGAAA